AUGCAGAUAAAUUUAUCUGGAAAAGUGCUCGUGGAGCCACGCGACUAUCGAUCAUUCUGUUUUCGUGGUGAAGGAAGGGCAAAUUUUGUUAUCAGUGCUAGACAUCGACUUACUGGAGUCAGAAUAGUAUGGCGAUUCGCAAAAGCUCGAAAAAGUGGUCUUCUAACUGUAAAAGCAAGAAGCGAAAUGGUGAACAGUUAUAUGGAAAGAAUAGUCGCUCCAUUAUUUUAUGAACAGUAUCUGGUUGAUAUGAAUAUUGUGGAGUUUGACACUAUAGAUGUUCAUCAACUUGCCAAGAUUCCCAGUCUUCCUGCUAAUCAGAAAAUUGAAAGAUUCGAGGAUCUCUUCGAUUUGCCUGAUGAAUACUCAUUCCUUCCAUUGAACACAUUCCAACGAGUACAUGGAGCAGUAAUUGUAACGAAUCCGAAGAGAAUGACGUCACUCCAGAUGUUGGAUGCAACACAACUCCCAAUGACUGUUGCUGAUGGCAGACAUAGUUCAACGAUUACGGUGGAAAUCAAGCCCAAACAAGGAUUCUUCCAAAACCAUAGAAAUGCGAAUGUUCCUCACUGCAAUAAUUGCAUCCUUCAAAUCGAAAAGUCGUGCGGCCAAUCACAUUUUUCACAAAUGUACGACUUCUGUCCGAUGGAUUUGUUCUCUGGAAACUACUCACGAAUGCACAAAGCGAUUCAUUCGCUAUUCUUGGUUCCCCAUCGAAAUUUAAGAAUUUUCAUAGAUGGAAACCAAGUACAUUCUGAUGAAAAACCUCUGGAAAAGGAAAUAUUCUCAGAAACACUGUUUCCUAGAAACGAAGCCACGUCAGAUGAUCUGAUCUCUGCUCUGUGUUUCGCCCUUUCUGGAAAUCAGUCCAAAAAGAAAUUUCACAUCCGUAACUCGUCUGUUCUCGGUCAAAUCCUUCAAGCCCAAAAAGUUGAUGAAAUCGGAAUAGUUGAAGCACAUGCGAUUUACGAUAGAAUGGAUCCUCACACCAAAUCAACGCUUCUCGAUAAAUCCUCAUUGACACGAGCUGGGUUAGAAGCUAUCCUCGGACCAAAAUCAUCGGAAAAUGAAGAUUUACAAAAACUUCGAAAAUACUUUUUGGCUGCUACUAUGAAGGAUUGUUCGAUAAUGAUAUCUCUUCGGUUACUCCAUUCUUGCCCAAUUCCACGUCGAGAUGUAAUCAGACUUCCCAAUGGCCGUAUCUUUGCAUAUGCAAUCAAAAUCGUCGACUUGGACCCAAAAACAGCGAAGAAUUUAAUAAACAGCCAUGCCCGUUUCAUGUCAGGAGUUAAAAUCAUUCGAUUGGAUCAGGAAUCCAAUGAGAAUGAGCGAAAGUUCAAACCAUGCGUCUAA